AUGCGAGAUCUCAUCUCUUUCAAGCCGUCCCGCUCCCGCAUCUCUCUCAUCGCCGGCCUCUUCCACACCCUCCAGGGCACUUGGAAUCUCGACCGGAAGCUACAAAGUGACGAUCCCACCGCACCGUCAGGUCGAUGCUCGGGCAAGGCUACAUUCACUCCGACGCCGCCUUCUGCCGUCAUCGACUCGGACGGUAAGCUGCAACUGGCCGACGCGGAACUCCUGUACCAUGAACAAGGAGAAUUUGAGAUGGCCACGGCCACGGCCGCCCAGCAAAGUCCUCUCCCUCUCAAAUUCCCCUUUUCGAGGAAAUAUAUUUGGCGCCUCAAGCGGCUGGACGACGGCGAUGACGCCCUGACCAUCAGCGUAUGGUUCACCAAGCCAGGAACCAACAUGAUCGACUACCUGUUUCACCAAAUCGACCUACCUCUUUCCCAGGACGACGGUGACGACACCGACACCGACACCGUCCUGUUGCUGCACGGCACCGGAGGCCAUCUCUGUGUCGCAGACUUCUACAGCACCGCUUACUCAUUCUCACUGUCUCGGACUGCUGGCCCCUCUGCCACUGCCAUGCUGUCUUCUUGGAGUACAUUACAUGAAGUCCGCGGCCCGAAGAAAGACCAGGUAAUCGAGACGAAAUUCACCAGAGCAUGA